UUUUUUGAAAAAAUAAUCAAUCUUCUUCUUAGGGCUAAUAUUAAUCAUUCUUUGGGUCUUCUUCCUCGGAUUUCUCUCUGUUCUACAGAAGCAAAACUCCUAAACCCUAGCCAAGAUGCCGGACGCUGCAGAACCACCUUUUAGACCACGUGAGAAGCUCCUUGAGAAGCAAAAGCAUUUCCAAAGCAUCCACAAACACACAUAUCUGAAAGGACCAAUUGAUAAGAUCACAUCUGUUGCCAUUCCCAUUGCUUUGGCGGCUUCCUCCUUGUAUCUUAUUGGACGGGGUAUUUACAACCUGUCGCAUGGUAUUGGGAAGAAGGAAUGAGGUGGACACUUUCUGUUGAUAAAGGAGAAUGACAACUUGGUUAGCUGCUUUUUUAAAUUUUAGGAAAAAAAUUGAAUCACUUCGGAUUGAGGACCGGUGUUGUUCUUCUGCUUUAAUAAUUGCUUAAUAGCAGAAUCCUUACAACCAAGUUGAAUCUCCACCUUUUUCUUUUAUUUUAAUUGUCUUUCGUUUCUGGAACUUAUUAUUGAUAAGACCUUUUGUGUGGUUUGAUCUAUACGUUGCUUACUUGUAAUCCUGGCAAUUCUCGAGCUUCGUCGUCUGUGCGAGUACCGGCAAUUAUCCAGUGAGCAAGUUUAUUGAAUCCUUGAAAGGUAGAAGCUAAACACUACAUGUGUGUGUCUAUUUCCGCUAUGAUGGAAUUUCAUAAAAGAAGAAAUUAAAAAUAACAAA